CCUCCCACCCCCUCUUGAGGUCAAAAGCCUUCGGUGAGUUGCACCGGGGCCUGUGCGGUGAGCCGGGAGGCGCCAGGUCCGCGGUUGCCCCGCCCGCUGCCCACAUGGCCCUGAGAGGAGUCUCCGCGCGGCUGCUGCGCCGCGGACCCGGCCUGCGCGCCCUACGUGCGUGGGGCUCGGCGGCGGCGCAGACCGAAAAGGGCGGGAAGACACAGAGCCAACCGGCCAAGUCCUCGCGUCCCGAGUUUGACUGGAGAGACCCGCUGGUGCUGGAGGAGCAGCUGACAGCGGAUGAGAUCGUCAUCAGGGACACCUUCCGCACCUAUUGCCAGGAGCGCCUCAUGCCCCGCAUCCUGCUGGCCAAUCGCAACGAAGUUUUUCACCGGGAGAUCAUCUCGGAGAUGGGGGAGCUCGGUGUGCUGGGCCCCACCAUUAAAGGGUAUGGCUGCGCUGGAGUCUCCUCGGUGGCCUAUGGGCUUCUGACCCGAGAGCUGGAGCGGGUGGACAGCGGCUACAGGUCGGCGAUGAGCGUCCAGUCCUCCCUCGUCAUGCACCCUAUCUAUGCCUACGGCAGCGAGGAGCAGCAGCAGAAGUACCUGCCUCGGCUGGCCAAGGGGGAGCUCCUGGGCUGCUUCGGGCUCACAGAACCCAACCACGGGAGUGACCCCUCUGGCAUGGAGACCAGAGCCCGCCACAACCCCACCAGCAGGAGCUACACCCUCAAUGGGACCAAGACCUGGAUCACCAACUCGCCUGUGGCCGACCUGUUUGUAGUGUGGGCUCGGUGCGAAGAUAGCCGCAUUCGGGGCUUCCUGCUGGAGAAGGGGAUGCGGGGCCUCUCGGCCCCCAAGAUCGAGGGCAAGUUCUCCCUGCGGGCCUCAGCCACGGGCAUGAUCGUCAUGGACGACGUGGAGGUGCCGGAGGAAAACGUGCUACCCAAGGCGUCCGGCCUGGGGGGUGCCUUCGGCUGCCUCAACAACGCCCGGUAUGGCAUCACCUGGGGCGUGCUUGGAGCCGCCGAGUUCUGUUUGCACACGGCCCGGCAGUACACCCUGGACAGGAUCCAGUUUGGCGUCCCGCUGGCCAGGAACCAGCUGAUUCAGAAGAAGCUGGCAGACAUGCUCACCGAGAUCACGCUGGGCCUUCACGCCUGCCUGCAGCUCGGCCGCUUGAAGGAUCAAGACAAGGCCACCCCGGAGAUGGUCUCCCUGCUGAAGAGGAACAACUGUGGGAAGGCCCUGGACAUCGCCCGUCAGGCACGAGACAUGCUGGGGGGGAACGGGGUUUCUGACGAGUAUCACGUGAUCCGGCACGCCAUGAACCUGGAGGCCGUGAACACCUAUGAAGGCACUCAUGACAUUCAUGCUCUGAUCCUCGGGAGGGCAAUCACAGGGAUCCAGGCGUUCACGGCCGGCAAGUGAGCACACAGCACCCGGGCGCCCGGAUGGCCCGAGCCCCUUCCCGGGGAGACGCUGCGCUCUGAGCUUCGUCGAGGAGGUGGCAGAUGGAGCCAAUUUUUAUGGUGGGAAGUGAGAGACACUGAUUUUUUAAAUAUCAAAAUUUCCCUUUUGAAGUCAAUCAAGUGUGCUCCUUAAAAAGAAGAUGGGGCUCUGUACUGAGUUUCUCAAUCCACUUGUAACCGUGGAUGGGAACAGACUCCACUUACCUUGGAGUGGAAGCUUCUCGUGCCGGGGUAGCAGGGAGAGAGAAGGAGAGUGACAUGGAAGCAACAGUGAGGCCCACUUGCUGUGUGACCGAGCAAACUCCCCGGCACACCAGGAGUUCCCUCUGCGCCCCUGACCCUCCCAUCUGCGGUAAGUGCCUUAUGCCGGAUGUCGGAGCAGAACGACGGGGAGAGAAUAAUAAAGAGUCUGCGUGUCUGACCCCACAGCGUUGGGCCACAUUUCCUUGUAACCACUGAGAAGUUGUUCCAGUCACAGGAAAAAUGCACACACGUGGAGGCUGGGAGGCGCUGGGACGUGGCCAGGAUCUCCCCCCGCCCCCAAGAGACCUGGCCCAUGUCUGAGACUUGGGCUCUGCUGUAAUAAACAAACCCGGGUUAGGCACUGCCCGGGUCCCAGCCUCAGGGCUGUGGGCAGAGGGGACUUUGUCCUUUCUGUCACCACAGAGCUGACCACACAGCCGUGGGAAAUAACAGCGGGCGGGCUUCUCAGCUGGGACACACCACGUCACAAGGGGGCACAGGGCCACAAGCGAGAUGGCAAGAGCACUGAGGGCCGGCACCAACGCCAACGCCAAUACCCUUGGUUUCUGUUUCCUUUACUUUCUUCUUAGCCGCUACAGCCCUCCUUCCUCAGGUGCGCCCCCCACGUGAGUGUCCUACCUCAGGCUGGACGCACAGGUCUUUGUACACGGUCUCCACGCUGUGGCACACUUGUUUGAGCUCUGUUUCCAGAUGGCUGAUCUUUGCCAUUUUCUGGGUGAACUCUUGGAGCUUCUCCUGAAUGAUCUUGUUGUGGUGACUAUAAAUCUGAUACAUCCUCUCCUCUAGCUUCUCCGUCAGGUCCGAAACCUUUUAAAGAAGACGUGUUCUUGGGAAAUCAAACAAGAGGCCUCACAAGACAUCUGUUUAGAUGUCUAAACAUCUCUACGAUUCUGCAAUUUAUUUUCUAAAAAUGGUAAAAGCAACUCCAGUGACUGGGGGUGAAAUUGCCUCUAUGUUAAAAUUUUUUUUAAGCAAGAUGCAAAAUUAUUUAGAUAGUAUAAGCUCAACCAGGUUAGGAAGAAAGAGACUAGAAAACAAUGUGCAACCAAGUGGCCUCUGGUGGUGGGAUGGUAGGAAUGUUUUUAUAUGUUUUUCCUAUGUUACACUUUUCUCUACUUUCUAGAUUUCUGUGCUGUACCAGGGUGUGUAUUGGUAGGGACAGGAGGGGGGAAGAAGUCAGUCUGUCAUCAGAGAUGACAUGUGGAAGGAAGAAGCUGUCCCACUCACAGGACCCAUUCUGCAUUCUGAAGAAGCAUCAGGGACAAUCGUUAACGUGGGCCGGAAGCCCCAGCCACAUCGGGGGAGCCCUACUCUCCUGUCACAGACCAUUUGACUUCUGGAGGACAAAAGGGUGUGAUAACGCAGGCUGUGCCUCCACCCCCUCCUCCUGCAGCCAUUGUCCCUGCCACGAAUAAGGGCUGGGCAGUGGGUGCAGAUGGACUUAAGUCCUCAUCCUGGCUCUCUCACUCGGGCAAUUAUUUCCGAACCUUAAUUUUCCCAUCUAUAAGAUGUGUCCAGUCUCUUCUUUGCAGGACUGUUGUGAGGGGAAAAUGAGGUCCUAUAUGCAAGUUGCUUAGAUGGUAACAGAUGCUCAGCAGGGGUUCAUUCCCUGCCCCUCACCUCUUAUAUAAGGACACCCCCUCCCCCGCUGGGACUUUUUGCAGUGUGUGGAGGGGAAUCUGUCACCUUGAUCUUGAGGCUGUCCCUGAAGUUGGUCAUGAGCGCAUGGUCCUUCUGCCUGCUCUCGUUGAUGUUUUCGAUCAGCUCCUGGGCCCUCUUCUUCAGGAUGUCGAUGCUUGAAUCCAGAGAGGAAAAGUAGGGUCCUGACCUCCCUUCCAGCAUCAUCAGCUGGCGGUUGGCACUGGAGGUGGCGACAGAGGGGCUAGAAACCUGACUUCUGAAAGUACAGGAAAGCGAGGUGACACCAGACGCCCCCGAGAGUGGCUGAUCUGAACCAGCUAUCUGCUGAGAGGAGAUCCUGCACUAUGUCUCCCGUGGGCGAUGCCUGGUUAGUCCAUUCACACCUGCCCUGAGGGGCAGGGACAACAUCCCAGUUCAUAACUGAAAAACAAACCCAGAGGCGCACACAAAACAAAAUCUGCCCAAGGUUCCAGAACAAGGAGAUCUGCCCAACUCCCACAGCCCACAGUGGUUUUAUUACACCAACUUGCUGCUUUGAAAUGAGCGUGAAUUACAUCAUUUACAAAUAGUAUAGACUUUUUCUGAGAUGGAGCUUCCUGUCACUAGCCUGCUGCAUCUCUUUCCAUCUCUUUCUAAACCUGCUGGGUAAUGCCCACAGACCACCUGGGGCCAGUGUACCUGACGACUCUGCUCCCACCAGGUGAGGUGGCCUUUCAAGAGUUAGUUAUGUUAAAAAAAUUUUCUUAAUGCACAAAAAAAGAGUUUUGUCCUGCACUAUACACAUCACUAUAAUUAUGUAAUGCAAUUAAAUAUGUUAGCCAGUGAAAUGGUGAAAAAGUGACAGCUGUCUAAUAAAGCUAAAUUGAAUGAAUAAAGGUGAGUCUAAUAAGACAUAACUAUUAAAUCAGGUAUGGGGGAGACAACUAUAGAUUGGGGCAAAGAUCAUAAAAAUCUAGAAAGAUUCUGCAUACAGAUCACCUUAUCCGAGCUGUAAUUUUUUGCUCUGCUUUAAAAACACAAAACUGGAAAUUGUGGGUAAUGCAUUAUGAAUAAGGUUUAUGCAAAAAAAAAAAAAGGGGUUGCAGUCUCAUCAGCAGACCCACUGGUGUUUGAAA